GCGGAUGCAAGGGCUGGCGCAGCUGCUGCUGUGGCAGCGGUGAGGCGGCGGUGGCGGCUGCAGUGGCUCCGCUGUCGGGAUAUUGGCAGCGGCAGCUGCAAGCUGGGCUGCGCUGUGCAGAUCCGGUGCACGGUGCGGGAUCCCGGGACAGCGCGUACCCUAGAAGAUGCCUCUGAUGGAGUGGGCUUUGAGAAGCAUCUCUGGCCCUGUGGCUUUGAACAGGAGCUCAACCCAGAGACCAUUUAAAGCCCUGGCCAUUGCAUCCUGAGGACCACAGGACAGGGGAACAUGGCUGUGAGCUUAGAUGACGACGUGCCACUCAUCCUGACCUUGGAGGAGGGUGAGAGUGCUCCCCUGGCUCCUUCCAACAGCCUGGGCCAAGAGGAGCUGCCCAGCAAAAAUGGGGGCAACCAUGGCAUCCAGGACUCCCAGGUUCCCAGUCUGGUCUCCAGGGCCGACAGUUCCCCCUCCAGUCCCACUGGACACAACUGGGAGAUGAAUUACCAAGAGGCAGCGAUCUACCUUCAGGAAGGCCAGAACAAUGACAAGUUCUUCACCCACCCCAAGGAUGCCAGAGCGCUGGCGGCCUACCUCUUUGCACACAACCACCUCUUCUACCUGAUGGAGCUGCUCACAGCCCUGCUGCUGCUGCUGCUGUCGCUGUGUGAGGCACCCGCCGUCCCUGCGCUCAGGCUCGGCAUUUACGUCCACGCCACCCUGGAGCUGUUCGCCCUCAUAGUGGUGGUGUUUGAACUCUGCAUGAAGUUGCGGUGGCUGGGCUUCCACACAUUCGUCCGGCACAAACGCACCAUGGUCAAGACAUCUGUCCUGGUGGUACAGUUCGUCGAAGCUAUUGUGGUGCUGGUGCGACAGACUUCCCACAUGCGGGUGACCCGGGCACUACGCUGCAUUUUCCUGGUGGAUUGUCGCUACUGUGGCGGCGUGCGGCGCAACCUGCGGCAGAUCUUCCAGUCACUGCCACCUUUCAUGGACAUCCUUUUGCUGCUGCUCUUCUUCAUGAUCAUCUUUGCCAUCCUGGGUUUCUACUUAUUCUCCACUAACCCUUCUGACCCAUACUUUAACACCUUGGAGAACAGCAUCGUCAACCUGUUCGUUCUUCUGACCACAGCCAACUUUCCAGACGUAAUGAUGCCCUCCUACUCCCGGAGCCCCUGGUCCUGCAUCUUCUUCAUCGUGUACCUCUCCAUUGAGCUGUACUUCAUCAUGAACCUGCUCCUGGCCGUGGUGUUCGACACCUUCAAUGACAUCGAAAAGCGCAAGUUCAAGUCUUUGCUGCUGCAUAAGCGAACCGCCAUCCAGCACGCCUACCGCCUGCUCGUCAGCCAGCGGAGGCCGGCCGGCAUCUCCUAUAGACAGUUUGAAGGCCUGAUGCGCUUCUACAAGCCCCGGAUGAGUGCUAGGGAGCGCUUCCUGACUUUCAAGGCCUUGAACCAGAGCAACACACCUCUGCUCAGCCUGAAGGACUUCUAUGACAUUUACGAAGUUGCUGCUCUGCAGUGGAAGGCAAAGAAGAACAGACAGCAUUGGUUUGAUGAGCUUCCCCGGACAGCCUUCCUCAUCUUUAAAGGCAUUAACAUCCUUGUAAAGUCGAAGGCCUUCCAGUAUUUCAUGUACUUGGUGGUAGCUGUCAAUGGGGUGUGGAUCCUGGUGGAGACAUUCAUGUUGAAAGGAGGGAAUCUCAUCUCUAAACGUGUGCCCUGGAGUUACCUUGUGUUUCUUACCAUCUAUGGAGUUGAACUGUUCAUGAAGGUGGCUGGCCUGGGCCCUGUGGAGUACCUGUCCUCUGGAUGGAACUUGUUUGACUUCUCAGUCACAGGGCUUGCCUUCCUGGGUCUGCUCGCACUGACACUCAACAUGGAACCCUUCUAUUUCAUUGUGGUCCUGCGUCUCCUUCAGCUGCUGAGGUUAUUUAAACUGAAGAAACGCUACCGCAACGUGUUGGACACCAUGUUCGAGCUGCUGCCGCGCAUGGCCAGCCUUGGCCUCACCCUGCUCAUCUUCUACUAUUCCUUUGCCAUCGUGGGCAUGGAGUUCUUCAACGGGCGACUGUACCGCAACUGCUGCAACGCCAGCACGGUGGCUGACGCCUACCGAUUUAUCAACCACACAGUGGGCAAUAAGACCAAGAUAGAGGACGGCUACUACUAUCUCAAUAACUUUGACAACAUCCUCAACAGCUUUGUGACCCUGUUUGAGCUCACGGUUGUCAACAACUGGUACAUCAUCAUGGAAGGUGUCACCUCGCAGACCUCCCACUGGAGCCGCCUGUACUUCAUGACCUUCUAUAUCGUGACCAUGGUGGUGAUGACCAUUAUCGUGGCCUUCAUCUUGGAGGCCUUCGUCUUCCGCAUGAACUACAGCCGAAAGAGCCAGGACUCGGAAGUGGAUAGUGGCAUCGUCAUCGAGAAGGAAAUAUCCAAGGAGGAGCUUCUGGCCAUCCUGGAGCUUUAUCGUGAGGUGCGAGGUGCCUCCUCUGACGUCACCCGGCUGCUUGACACCCUCUCUCAGAUGGAGAAAUACCAGCAAAAUUCUUUGGUGUUUCUGGGACGGAGAUCAAGAACCAAAAGUGACCUGAGCUUGAAGAUGUACCAGGAGGAAAUCCAGGAGUGGUAUGAGGAGCACGCCCGGGAACAGGAGAUGCAGCUGCAGCAGCAACUUAAGGGCAGCAUGCCUGGCCCCGCCGCCCAGCAGCCCCCUGGCAGUCGUCAGCGCUCCCAGACUGUCACCUAGCUGGGUCUCGUGAAGCCAGCUCUUCUAUGCAAUAACACCAUAGUAUUAUGUACUACAAUGUAUGGAAACCAUGUGUGUAUGCAGACACACUCAUAUAUAUGCACAUAUUUACAAAGACAGAAAAGGACUAGCCAGGGCCGGUUUGAACCGCCUUGCUCUGUCUUCCUGAGCUUCAGAAGUCAGCUUGGGCUAAAAGACCAUGCCUGGCAGAGCUCUUCCUACCAUGGAAAUCUCUGGAAGCCCUCUUCUCAAGAAGCUCCUUAAAUAGGCUUGCCAUCUCAGCAAUGGCAGCUCCCCCCCCCCCCCGGGGGGCCCGGAGUCACACAGGUGGACCUCCCUGCUGCUGCCUCAGGCAUCAACCCUGCAGUGUCCCUGCACCCAUCACAGGUGUCUGUGUCUGGUAUUAGGGACAAAACCACUAAGAAGAAACCCCGCGUCCUACCGGAUGGUGCCUGCAGAUAAAAGUGCUAGAAAGUUCCCUGUCAGGUCAGUGCCUGGGAUCCCAUGGGAGGCCUUAAGGGAGGCCAGACACAUCUAGAGAUGGCACCAGACGGUAACCUACUCUUUCUCUGGAGCUUCUGGUCCUUCCUUUUGCCGAAAUCCUGGAGAAGCUAGGCGCAGCAGAAGGAAGCCAACAGGAGGCACCAGGAAUUUGGCCAGGUUACACCGAGUCCCUUCUGGGGGUCACCUCCUCAGCAGAGUUAACUUGAGGUGGUGCUGAAGGCAGUCCCCACCCCAUCCCCCUUCUCCAGGAGAUACUGUGCCCGGGGAAGGAGCAGUAGCACAGGGACACCGCUGUCCCUUGCACCACCACAUCCACACCACGGGGAACUGCCUUUCGGGGACUCUGAGGCCCCUCUACGGUUCUCAUAAGCUAGGCAGGUGUGGGAGGGGAGGCAGGUGAGCAUUCAGUGGCCUCCUAGGAGUUCUUUUGACUCUCAAUAAGGUGGUGAUUGGAUAGUGAGGGAACAGUGGCAGGGACGGAGCUGUGGUCACUUCACCCCACUGUCGUGUCCACCAAGGGACGAACGAGGUGCAGGCAGGACUGGGGAGGCAUCUCUGGCCUCCGGCUGGCACCCCGACUAACCUGGCCUCCCAUGCCUGUUGCUUCUUGGAACUCAGAGUGGGUGGGUUUAGGUCCCUUCACGUUCUCGCAGCAGCAGAAGAGGACAGAGCGGGGCCCAGCACCCCAUUCAGCUGAUCCUGGGGCCACACCAGAACAUGAAUGCAGUUGUCUUCAUGUUAAAUAAAGCACAGGCCCCUGGGAAAACCACUGCUUUCCACAGGCAGUCAGUCAGGAGACUGGUAGCAGCCCUUCAACUUUGAAGGGCUCCGGGCCACCACUGGCGCUCAGCCUGGCCUCCCAGCCAUAGCCCUCUCUCCAUUGAAGCAGCUUCAUUUGCACAGCUGGGUGCCUUAGUUUUGUGUACAGGCAUUUUGGAAGCAAAAAGGGGAGAGGCCUCUAUAGAGGGCUGGGGGCCUUGGAGCAUCCAGCCUGGUCCUACGCCCUUCCUCUACCCCAAGAAAUGUCAGUUCUCCUUAGCCUAGGGGGGCAAGGUACAGAUGGGGGACUGGUCUAGGGCCUAAUAUGGAGGUACUAAACCCCUGGGUUUAGUACAUACCAGCCAGGUGCCAGGAGAUAGGGCUGAUAGGCCAAACUCCAGCCAGUCUUGUAGACUGGGGACACCUAUCCUUACAGGGUCACCUUGGGCACACCAAGCUGACUCCCAAAACUUGCUAGUCAAGCAGGGGACAGGUGGAUGUCAUCCAGGCUGUGAUCUGAAGACCCUGAAACCCCAUCUAAGCCCAGCUGCCCCUUCCCUCAAUUCAGCUGAGUGGGGACGGGAGGCUCUGAGCCACAGCCUAGCAGGGAUAGCUGUGGAGUCAUGCUUCCCCUCCCCCACCCCAGCCUUACUCCACACCAUGCAGACAAUCAUUUUGUAUGGGUCAAGGAGCCACGUCGGAAGGUUUUAUACAAUGAUUUGUUACCUAGGAACCUACUGUGCCCAGAUUUCUGGUAUGUCAAUAAAGAGCCUCUGCUUUGUA